AUGUCCAGCAACUCCAUUAAGCUCUUGGCGAGCGAUGUCCAUCGUGGUCUAGCGGAACUUGUGGCCAAAAGGUUAGGCUUAAAGCUCUCUCCUAGCGAGUUGAAAAGAGACUCCAGUGGAGAGGUAACCUUCAGCAUUGGAGAAAGUGUCAGAGAUGAAGACAUCUUCAUUAUUUGUCAAAUCGGCUCAGGAGAGGUCAAUGACCGCGUGUUAGAGCUUCUUAUUAUGAUCAAUGCAUGCAAGACGGCCAGUGCAAGAAGAAUCACCGUUAUUCUCCCCAACUUCCCUUACGCCAGACAGGAUAGAAAGGAUAAGUCAAGAGCACCAAUCACGGCAAAGCUCAUGGCAGAUAUGUUGACUACUGCUGGAUGCAAUCACGUCAUUACUAUGGACCUACACGCGUCUCAGAUACAAGGAUUUUUUGAUGUACCGGUGGAUAACUUGUAUGCUGAGCCCAGUGUAGUGAGGUAUAUCAAGGAGAAGGUCAACUACAAAGAGGCGAUUAUUAUUUCACCAGAUGCUGGUGGAGCCAAGAGAGCUGCCGGGUUGGCUGACACGCUAGAUUUGAAUUUUGCCUUAAUUCACAAGGAACGUGCGAGGGCCAACGAGGUUUCCAAAAUGGUUCUUGUCGGGGAUGUGACGGACAAAAUCUGUAUUAUUGUCGACGACAUGGCUGAUACGUGUGGUACGUUAGCCAAGGCAGCUGAAGUGCUCCUUGAGAACAAGGCUAAAGAGGUCAUUGCAAUUGUAACCCACGGCAUUCUCUCCGGUAACGCCAUCAAAAACAUUAAUAACUCUAAGCUCAAAGCCAUAGUGUGCACAAAUACGGUUCCAUUUGAGGAGAAGGUGUCGUUGUGUCCUAAGCUAGAUACCAUUGACGUGAGUGCCGUGUUGGCUGAGGCAAUCAGAAGACUUCACAACGGCGAGAGUAUUUCAUACUUGUUCAAGAAUGCUCCAUUGUAA